AUGUUCCACAUCCAGGAGCUGUCCUCCAUGUUCCUCCAGGUGAAGACGAGGUUCGGCUUGCGUCUGCAGUACAACUGGAAGGAGUUUCGCCUCUACCUGCAGGCCGACGAGCAGUGGAAGGACGACACGGUGGGCCUGUGCGGCACCUUCAACGGCAACAUUCAAGACGACUUCCUAUCUCCGUCAGGGAUGAUAGAAAGCACUCCUCAGCUGUUUGGAAACGCCUGGAGAGUCUCGUCGGCCUGUUUGUCCAGCCUGAGCACGCCUCAGCUCGACCCCUGUGACACUCACCAGCAGGCCGUGGCCUAUGCAACAGAGAUGUGCGACGUACUGAACCAGGAUCUGUUCUCCGCCUGCCACGAGUACCUCAGUCCGACCUCCUUCCAUCAGCAGUGUCGCUCGGACACGUGUAAGUGCGGGACGCCGUGCCUCUGCUCUGCGCUCGCUCACUACGCUCACCACUGCCGCAGAUUCUCCGUCAUCGUUGACUUCCGAUCGCAGAUACCCGACUGUGCGGUCACCUGUCCGCCCACCAUGCAGUACGGCACCUGCGUGUCGUCGUGCCAGCGCCGUUGCUCCUCCCUGUCCGUCCCGCAGCACUGCGGGGAGGAGUGUGAGGAGGGCUGCGUCUGCCCUCUGGGAUCCUUCUACAACCAUCGAACACACACCUGUGUGCACAGGAGCGAGUGUCCCUGCAGUUUCCUCGGAGCUGAUUAUGAACCCGGAGAUGUGAUCAUGAUGUCAGCAGGUGUUCAACUCUGUCUGAACGGUAAACUGGUGUCCCAGACAACAGAGCGCGACAGGUUGUGUCCGGCCGGUCAGCUCUACCAGAACUGCUCAGAGGGGGACGACAGCCUCCAGUCAGGAAGGGGCAUGGCCUGUGAGCGCACCUGUGAAUCCUACCUGCUCAACCUCACCUGCUCGACACACGAGCCCUGCAUGGCCGGAUGUACCUGCCCUCCUGG